ACUACACUUUCACUUGGAAGUUGGUACACUGACUUGCUAACAAUAUUGUCGUUAAUUAAAACUAACCUCAAAAAUUCCAAUUUUACCGAAAAUAUUCUAUAUUUUGUAAUUUAUUGUUUAUAUUUAUGUUCAGUCUGUAUUAAAAUAAAUAAUAUUCCUUUAUUUUUAACUAAGCUAUCAUGACAUCGGUUGCAACUCUCAGUAAAAACGAUCCAAGUUCUUUUUCUAACCCUGAGGAAGCAGUUGUAACUGCCCUGUUCUUAAACUUGCUGGUAGAUUUUUCAAAAAAGAUACUAUCAGGUGAAGCCAAACUUAGUGUGAAGAAAGUUCAAGCUGGAGUCGACCACUUGGCUUUGGACAGCAACGGUUUACAUGUGAAGAGAAUCAUCGAUGGAGCGACAGGCCAAGCUCUGGACUUCACUAUAAGUGAACCAAUAAACAUUUUUGGCAGCAAAUUGGAUAUAAAACUUCCCAGCGAUAAAUCAGAGCUAGAGAUAGUGAUUCAAUAUGAGACAGAUCCUACAGCGUUUGCGCUACAGUGGUUAUCAGCUGAACAGACAGCAGGUCGUAAACAUCCCUACCUCUUCAGCCAGUGUCAGCCGAUCCAUGCCAGAUCUAUCGUGCCUUGUCAAGACAGUCCGUCUGUCAAGAUGACUUACAAAGCUCAAAUCUCAGCACCAGAGGAGCUGACUGUUCUGAUGAGUGCACUAAGUGAAGGAGUGAGUGCAUCGAGUGGUGGCCAGCGAACACAUAACUUCAACCAACCUGUACCGACACCAGCAUACCUGCUGGCACUGGUAGUGGGAGACCUGGCUAGUCGGCAGAUUGGUCCCCGUUCACAUGUUUGGUCCGAGCCACAGUUUGUUGACAAAGCUGCGUAUGAAUUUGCAGAGACCGAGCAGUUUCUGCAGCAUGCUGAGGCACUGUGUGGGCCUUAUGUGUGGGGAAAGUAUGACCUGCUGCUCUUGCCCCCCUCCUUUCCCUUCGGCGGGAUGGAAAACCCCUGUAUCACGUUCGUCACCCCCACAUUACUGGCAGGUGAUAGGUCACUGGCAUGUGUAGUGGCUCACGAAAUCUCCCAUAGCUGGACUGGAAACCUGGUCACCAACCGCAAUUUUGAUCACUUCUGGCUCAAUGAGGGAUUUACCAUGUUCCUAGAGCGCAAGAUUCUGGGCCGCAUGUAUGGCGAGCCAAUGAGAGAGUUUGCUGCCCUCAAUGGCCUCAAAGACCUCAAGUAUGCUGUGAGUACACUGGGAGAAGAGAACCCACUGACCAAGCUUGUGGUCGACCUGAGCGGAGGUAUUGGACCAGAUGAUGCCUUUUCCACCUGUCCUUAUGAGAAAGGUCACACAUUCCUAUUCUACCUGGAGCAACUUGUUGGAGGCCCAGCUGUUUUUGAACCAUUCCUCAAGGCCUAUUUAGACAAUUUUAAGUACCGGUCUAUUGAAACUAGAGACUUUAAGACUUUCUUCAAGAGCUACUUUGCCAACAACACAGCCAGCAAGUCUGUGGAUUGGGACUCCUGGUUGUUCACUCCUGGCAUGCCUUUCAUCAUUCCUAAAUACAAUACAUCACUGGCCGAUGCCUGUACUGCACUGACUAACCGGUGGGUGCAAUGGGACAUGACUGAACCCAAUCCCUUCACCCCCACGGAUCUCACGAACUUCCAUCCUCUCCAGGUCCAAGAGUUCCUGGCCCAAUUGCUGGAACUGGAGUCUUUUCCUCUGGACAAGGUCCAGGCCCUCCAAAGUGUCUACAGUUUCAGUGCCAGUAACAAUUCUGAAAUUAAGUUCAGGUGGCUUCGACUAUGUAUCAAGGUUCGCUGGGAAGAGAAGGUUGCUCCAGCUCUCCAGUUUGUCACAGAGCAAGGCAGGAUGAAGUUUGUUCGUCCAAUUUACAGGGACUUGUACGCGUGGGAAGACAUGCGCCAAAGGACCAUUGACAACUUCCAAGCCACUAAAGCAAAUAUGAUGGCUGUACUCGUUCACAACGUGGCUAAAGACUUGCAUUUGGAAUAACAUAUACUUUUAUUUGGUGGUUUAUUUUAUUAUGAAUAAAUACUGUUAUUUUAUAUACUAACAAAAUAUAAGUUUAUCACUAAAA